UCCCUGGAGGAAAAGAUAUUUAAAAAGUAGCCGUAAAAUGGACUCUAUUAAAAAAGGGCUAAAUUGUCUCGUAGUUUGAAGCAACAAUAGGUGUUUGAUAGAAUAUAAUUAAAUUUCCAGGAGCACAGUGAAGCAUUAGCAUCAGCUACAGUGAUGAAAUAUUCUUUUUCAUAUACAUAAUUAUUAUUAUUUUAGAUCUUUGCUUGCAUAAUGACACACUUUUCUUUUGACCUCGUUUUCUGAAUGAACCUAUCAGGGCCCCCGCUGUAAAGUUCGGGAUUUGCCACAUCUUACAUAAAUAAUGUUUGUCCAUAACGAUCAGUGCAUUUAAUGCUGAUGAGGUGACAAACAAACUCCUACACAUCCUGUAAUCCUCUUACAGAACUGGAAAAUAAAGCAGGGAAUUUAACAUAAACGGAGCUUAACGGAGCAACAUUCAGCUGACUGAAAGUCUCCUACAGAAAAAUAAGAUCAUGUAAUUAAGUCCUGCAGAGCUCCCAAUUAGGCAAGACCAGCUGAGAUGAAAUCGGAGGGUUUUGUGUCACGAAAUUGAUGGGGAAAAAUACAGUUUAUCCCUCUGAAGGAUUAAUGCACAUAUCUGCUGUCCUGCUGUGACCCAGGGUCACAUCUUUAAUAGAUAAAAAAGCUUAAUUAGAUACUGCAACUCAUGAUCCAGGAAUCUAACUCUGACGCAUAAGGAUCAUUAUAAACACACGAUUGGCCCCGCUUAGCCCGGGUAAAUAUGUUUAUUGUUCAACCUGCUCGCCAGGAAAGGAGGCUUUGGGCUUCCAGCUCACCCCGGGAUUAGAAGCGGCCGCCCCUGCGCACCAAUAUAAAUCCUCCCGGCGCGUCGCGUCCAGCUCAGUCUUUACGCACGAGUCCGGCAGCGCGUCGAGGAAACUUAUCUGCGAAGCUGCUGUUCACGAGUGGACGCGAAUAAAACAGUUACAAGUGGUAUUAUCAGUGUCUUUAACCUGCCUGCUUCUGAAGACAAACGGGACAGGAGGGAUGUCCGUGCUGGGCGCACUGCCGUUCAUGAAGCCGCUGCACCACGUGCGCUCCCCGGUGCCGCAGGGCCGCCGCCACACGCUGCCGGCCAGCGAGUUCCGCUCCCUGAGUCCGGAGGACGCGAUCAGCGUGUUCGAGAUAGAAAGAGAAGCCUUCAUCUCAGUGUCCGGAGAAUGCCCGCUCCACCUGGACGAGGUGCGUCACUUCCUCACGCUGUGUCCCGAGCUUUCUCUCGGCUGGUUCGAGGAGGGACGGCUGGUGGCGUUCAUCAUCGGCUCUCUGUGGGACCAGGAGAGGCUAACCAUGGAUGCUUUGACUCUCCAUAAGCCUCAUGGAGCCACGGUCCAUAUCCACGUCCUCGCCGUCCACCGGACCUUCAGGCAGCAGGGGAAGGGCUCUAUUCUGAUGUGGCGCUACCUGCAGUACCUCCGCUGUCUGCCCUACGUGCGACGCGCUGUCCUGAUGUGCGAGGACUUUCUGGUUCCCUUCUACCAGAAGUCAGGGUUCAAGGCUUUGGGCCCCGCUGAGAUCACCGUGGGACCCCUCAACUUCAUCGAGAUGUUCUACCCAGUCAGGGGCCACUCCUUUAUGCGGCGCAACAGUGGAUGCUGAAGGAUGGGACUUUGGUUUAACGUUUCCAAAAACAGGAUGCAUUGACACUCCUUAAGCCUCGCGUAGUGGAGGCAUGUGAGUGGAGCAGGGAUUUGUCUAAUCUCUGAGUGAAAAAUGUUCAGCAGCCGGUGAGAAGAGAGCCUUCGCGAAGCUGUAAACAAAGAGCUGACCUCCAGCUUUCAGCAACUGUUGGAUACGUUCUUGUUGGCUGGAAACCGUCAAAAUUUGUGCUGAAGAGAGAGAAGUUGCCAUUGGAGCAAAGAGUGCGAGCGGCAACUUCAUGAAACUUUGAAAAACGAAACAUUGUGUGUUUUGAAAGACAAUGCCGGACACUUAACGAACUGCAAGCUGCCUUUUCUUUCAUCCAGUCCUUGUUCUAAAUGGUUUGUUAUAGUUCAAACUACGACUGGGCAAAACAACAAUAAAAAUAGAUAUGAUAGACAAGUGAUCAAUAUCAAUAGAUUUUA